AGGUCUCUGUGUAGAUGUAUCGACUUCGGUUCACAUGCAGGACAGUGCUUUGCUAUGAUAAUUAUUUCCAAUGUCAAGAGAGUUAAGUUUGACGAUCAUUCGUUAAUGAAAACUGAUCUUAUAAUUGGAUACUUAAAGUUACAACUCGGGACACUUUCCUAUCUUACAAAAGAGACCCUUGUAAUCAUAUCUCUCAAUAAUCUCGCAACCGUUCUCUAAUUAACGACAACUGCCGUCACCAAGGUAAUUUCUCAGAGAGGUAUAAAUGUAAGACUCGCGACGGAAACUCUGCACUUUCCAAAGUGUCAACGUGGUCCUUUCUAAUUUUUGUUGCACUUUUUAUUGGAUUUGAAAAUGGAUGAUCUUCAGAAGGAACUUGAUUUGUCAAACAGGGACCCUAACAAUCUGAACAGACACUGUCAGACUGCUUUUGAAGAUGUGCUGGGGGAACCGGAUGGAUCACACAGUCCCGACUGCGUGUGGAGGAUCAGUUCCAUGUGUUUUAAGGGUGGCAAAGCCUGUUGUUACACGAUCCUGACUGGUAUCUGUGGAAUCUUCAUUGCAUUGUACUGGGGAUGCGAGUUCGCCUGUAUCUCAUUCGAGCAGAUCUGGUGCACUACCCCGUGCAUCCGGGUAUUUGGUAUUUACCUGGGGUGCAUGCAGAAGUUCUUCGGCACGUGCGUUUCAUGUUGUUUGGCGCCCAUUUGUGAGACUGCUGGACUGUGCUUUAGUAACAUUUCAGUGAAGAACGGAUAACAAAUGAACCCCAGUGCAUAAAAAAAUCGACCUUUCUGACUAGUUUUCUGUCUACAGCUGUGAUACUCUAUUUUUGGCAUUAUCUUUGUGUAAGAGAGCUGAUGUUUCUCUCAGGAAAUUAAUAUUUAUUUUUCUAAAUAAAAUGUUCCGUAAAGUGGU